GGCUGGGGAGGGGGGAUCAUGGCCGCUCAGGUGGCCCCCGCCGCCGCCAGCAGCUUGGGUGCCCCGGCUCCGUCCGAGCUGAAGAAAGCGGAGGCGCAGCAGCGGGAUUGUUCGUUGGAGGAGGCGGGGGGCGAGGCGGCGGAGCGCGCCGGCGAGAAGCAGUCGGAAAGUGAAGGUCCCCCGGGAAAGGAACUGCAGGACGGGGCCGAGAGCAAUGGCGGGGGCGCCGGGGCCGAGCCCGACCUGAAGAGCCCCAACGGGAACCCGGGUCCUAGGCCCGUCGCCACCCUGAACAAUAACCUCCCGGAGCCGCCCGGUAGUGGCGGCGGCAGUAGCAACAGCAGCGACGGGGUGGGGACGCCGCAGCAGCAGCAGCAGCAGCAACCGCCGCCCCCGACUCAUACGGCCGCCUUGCCCCCGCCAGCCUAUGGGUUCGGGCAGCCCUACGGUCGAGGCGCCCAGGCGGCUGCGGCCGUCGUCGCGGCCGCUGCUUUCCACCAACAUGGCGGACAACAAAGCCCUGGCAUGGCAGCGCUGCAGAGCGGGGGCCUGGAGCAGUCGUACUCGGGGCCCGCGGGGCCCCCCCAGGGGCCGCCCCCUCCCCAGAACUCGCAUGGUGUCGGCAGCGCGGAGCACGGCUUCCCCAACCACCAGUACAACUCCUACUACCCCGCUGCCGGGCGCAGCGCCGGCGCCUACCCGCCUCCCCCUCAGGCCUACGCCCUGAGCUCCCCCCGGGGAAACGCUCAAAGCCCCGCUCAAGCCGGGGCGAAACCGCCGGCGUCGGCUUUUCAACAGCAGCGGUUCGGGGCCAUGGGGCCCUCGGCCGGCGGCGCAGGAGUCGGCAGCGUCGGGGGCGCUACCCCGCAACCCACGUCGACCCCCACCCUCAACCAGCUGCUCACUUCCCCUAGCUCGACCAGGGGCUAUCAAGGGUACCCCGGGGCCGAUUACGCGAGCGGCCCCCAGGACGGUGGAGCGACGGCCAAGGCCCCGGCCGCACCGGACAUUGCCUCUCAGUACAGCGGGGGCACCGGUCAGGGCUGGGCGGCAGCCGCCCCGGGAAGCCAACAAAGGAGCCACCACGCGCCCAUGAGCCCCGGGAGCAGCAGUGCCGCCGGGGGACAGUCGCUCGCCAGGAGCCAGCAGCCAUCCAGUCCAAUGGAUCAGAUGGGGAAGAUGAGACCUCAGCCUUAUGGAGGAAACAACUUAUACACACAACAGCAGGGACCUCAGUCAGGGCAGCAACAAGGCCAUGGAUAUCCAGGACAGCCAUACGGGCCGCAGACUCCCCAGAGAUAUCCAAUGGGAACUCUAAGCAGGACGCAAACUGCAAUGGGCAGUGUCUCUUAUGCACAGCAGAUCCCGCCUUAUGGACAGCAGGGCCCUACUGGAUACGGGCAGCCGAGUCAGACCCCUUAUUACAACCAGCAGAGUCCUCACCCCCAGCAGCAGCCUUCCUAUGCCCAGCAGCCCCCUGCUCAGGCCCCACACGCUCAGCCCUCUUAUCAGCAAACGCAGACUCCAUCUCAGCCUCCCCAGCUUCAGUCAUCCCAGCCCCCCUAUUCCCAGCAGCAGCCACAGCCAUCCCAUCAGCAGUCUCCGUCGCCGUAUCCUCAGCAGCCGGCCCCAGGCCAGCAGCAGCACCCCCAGGGUCAGCCCCCCUACUCUCAGCAGCAGUCCCAGUCCCCCUACCAGCAGCAGCAAGCUCAGCAGUCUGCUACCUCGGCGCUCGCCCAGCCGUCAGCAUCAUACCCUCCGUCUCAGCCACAGCAACAGCAGCAGUCGGCGUAUUCUCAGCAGCGCUUCCCACCUCCACAGGAGUUGUCACAGGACUCAUUUGGUUCCCAAGCGUCAUCUGCCACCUCAAUGGCUUCCAGUAAAGGGCAAGAAGAUGUGAAUUUGAAUCUGCAGUCAAGACCCUCUAGCUUACCGGAUCUCUCUGGUUCAAUAGAUGAUUUGCCUAUGGGUACAGAAGGAGCACUGAGUCCUGGCGUAAGCACAUCAGGGAUUUCCAGCAGUCAAGGAGAGCAGAGUAAUCCAGCUCAGUCUCCUUUCUCUCCACAUACCUCUCCUCAUUUGCCAGGCAUUCGAGGACCUUCCCCAUCACCUGUUGGGUCGCCUGCUAGUGUUGCUCAGUCACGCUCUGGCCCACUUUCGCCUGCUGCAGUACCAGGCAACCAAAUGCCACCUCGACCACCGAGUGGCCAAUCAGAUAGCAUCUUGCAUUCCUCCAUGAAUCAGUCAACCAUAGCCCCAGAUAGAGGUUAUAUACAAAGGAAUCCACAGAUGCCCCAGUAUAAUUCUCCUCAGCCUGGGUCUGCUUUAUCUCCACGUCAGUCUUCUGGAGGACAGAUACAUACUGGGAUGGGACCGUACCAACAAAAUUCUAUGGGCGCUUAUGGGCCUCAGGGGGGUCAGUAUGGGCCCCAAGGCGGAUAUCCCAGGCAGCCAAACUACAAUGCGAUGCCCAAUGCAAAUUACCCCAGCCCAGGAAUGGGAGGAAGCCUGAACCCAAUGGGAGCAGGGAAUCAGAUCCAUGGCCAGACUGGUAUACCACCCUACCCUGGGCUUCCACCUGGGAGAGGACUGAGCCACGCUGCCAUGGGCAAUAGGCCUUAUGGACCCAACAUGGCCACCAUGCCUCCCCAAGUAGGGACCGGGAUGUGUCCUCCACCAGGUGGCAGGAAAGCACAAGAAGCUGCCGCUGCUGCUAUGCAUGCUGCUGCUGUCAACUCAAUCCAGAACAGGCCAUCUGGUUACCCUCACAUUAACCAAGGAGGAAUGAUGGGAACUGGUCCUCCCUAUGGCCAAGGAAUUAAUAGCAUGGCUGGCAUGCUGAACCCCCAAGGUCCACCAUAUCAGAUGGGUGGGAAUAUGGCCAACAAUUCUGCAGGGAUGGCUGCAAGUCCUGAAAUGAUGGGACUUGGAGAUGUUAAAUUGACACCCGCAGCAAAAAUGAACAAUAAAGCAGAUGGAACACCAAAAGCUGAAUCCAAGUCGAAGAAAUCCAGUUCCUCCACCACUACAAAUGAAAAGAUUACUAAAUUAUAUGAGCUGGGUGGUGAGCCAGAGAGAAAGAUGUGGGUAGAUCGUUAUUUAGCCUUCGCUGAAGAGAAAGCAAUGGGAAUGACCAAUCUUCCAGCAGUUGGAAGGAAACCUCUAGACCUGUAUCGACUCUACAUUUCUGUGAAGGAGAUUGGAGGGCUGACUCAGGUUAACAAGAACAAGAAAUGGCGGGAGUUAGCUACCAAUUUGAAUGUGGGCACCUCUAGCAGUGCAGCUAGCUCUCUGAAGAAGCAGUACAUCCAGUGUCUCUAUGCUUUUGAGUGCAAGAUUGAACGAGGUGAAGACCCUCCCCCAGACAUCUUUGCAACUGAUUCCAAGAAAUCACAGACCAAAAUACAGCCUCCAUCUCCAGCGGGUUCAGGCUCCAUGCAAGGUCCUCAGACACCUCAAUCCACAAGUAGUUCCAUGGCCGAAGGAGGAGACUUGAAGCCCCCAACUCCUGCAUCUACACCACAUAGUCAGAUGGCGCCUUUGCAAGGCAUCAGGAGUAACUCAGUAGGCCUUCAGGAUGCCUUUCCCGAUGGCAGUGACCCUGCUUUUCAGAAGAGGAACUCCAUGACUCCAAAUCCAGGGUACCAGCCCAGCAUGAAUACUUCCGACAUGAUGGGUCGCAUGUCCUAUGAGCCAAAUAAGGAUCCAUAUAGCAGUAUGAGAAAAGGAAGUGAUCCCUUUAUGUCCUCAGGGCAGGGUCCCAACAGUGGUAUGGGAGAUCCUUAUAAUCGUGCUACAGGUCCAGGAAUGAGUAAUAUGACUAUGGGACCGAGGCAACAUUACCCUUAUGGCCCUUAUGAAAGAGUGAGAACUGAAGCAGGAAUGGGACCUGAAGCCAGCUUGGGAACUGGAACGCCCCAGCCCAACAUCUUGCCUUCCACUCCGGAUUCAGGAAUGUAUUCCCCAAGCCGCUAUUCUCAACAACCACAGCAGCGACAUGAUUCCUUUAGCAAUCAAUUUCCUACUCAAGGUACAUCCUCUGGCAGUCCCUUUCCUAGCCAACAGACUACCCUAUAUCAGCCACAACAGCAGAACUACAAGAGAACAAUGGAUGGCAACUAUGGUCCACCGGCCAAAAGACAUGAAGGAGAGAUAUACAACGUACCGUAUAGCACAGGCCAAGGACAAGCCCAGCAACAGCUGCCUCCAGCACAAACCCAACAAACGAGCCAGCCGCAAACUGCUCAGCCUUCCCCUCAGCAGGAAAUGUAUAACCAGUAUGGCGGGAAUACAUACUCUGCUGCAGAUCGUCGACCUGCUGCUGGGCCUCAGAACCAGUUCCCAUUCCAGUUUGGCAGAGACAGGGUCUCUGCUCCCCCUGGCUCCAGUACACAGCAAAGCAUGCCUCCUCAAAUGAUAGGUGGCCCGAUACAGUCUGCUCCAGAAGGCCCACAACAGGGCACGAUGUGGCAAGGGCGUAAUGAGAUGGGUUACAGCUAUCCGAAUCGGCAGAGCACUGGCUCUGCACCCCAGGGGUCUGCCUACCACGGAGUGAAUCGAACAGAAGAAAUGCUACAUCCAGAUCAGAGGGUUAACCAUGAGGGACCGUGGCCUUCUCAUGGCAACCGCCAGCCUCCUUAUGGUCCUUCUGCCCCCGUGCCCCCAAUGACAAGGCCGCCCCAGCCUAACUACCAGGCCCAACCCAGCAUGCAGAAUCACAUUCCUCAGGUAUCUAGUCCAGCACCUCUUCCCAGGCCGGUAGAAAACCGCACCUCUCCAAGCAAAUCUCCAUUCCUGCACUCAGGAAUGAAGAUGCAGAAGGCAGGGCCCCCUGUCCCAGCCUCACACGUAACAUCAGCAGCUGUCCAGCCUCCUAUGAUACGACGGGACAUCACUUUCCCACCUGGCUCAGUGGAAGCUACACAACCAGUGCUGAAGCAGAGGCGGCGCCUGACCAUGAAAGAUAUUGGAACUCCUGAAGCAUGGAGAGUGAUGAUGUCUCUAAAGUCUGGGUUACUGGCUGAAAGUACGUGGGCCUUAGAUACCAUAAACAUACUGCUCUAUGAUGACAACAGCAUAAUGACCUUCAACCUCAGCCAGCUGCCAGGAUUGUUGGAACUAUUAGUGGAAUAUUUCCGACGUUGCCUCAUUGAAAUCUUUGGAAUCCUGAAGGAAUAUGAAGUAGGUGAUCCAGGGCAAAGAACGCUAUUGGAUCCUGAAAGAUCCUGCCAGUCUUCAAAUCCUCCUGAAGGAGCGGAGAAAGAAGAACCACAGAAUAACAACUGUGAAGCAGAGGAAGAGGAGGAGGGAGGAGAAGAAGAGGCUGCCUUUGCAAAUAAAGUCACAGCACCUCUAGAAAGUAAUGAGGAGAAGUUAGUCAGUAAAUUCGACAAACUUCCAGUCAAGAUAGUGCAGAAGAAUGACCCGUUUGUGGUAGAUUAUUCAGAUAAGCUUGGCCGGGUACAGGAAUUUGAGAGUGGACUGUUGCACUGGCGGAUUGGUGGGGGAGACACCACUGAACACAUUCAGACCCACUUUGAAAGCAAAACAGAGCCAUCGCUGACUCACAAACGAGCUUCCUGCAACUCUGUUUUGCGGAAACGUUCAGUAGCUGAGGGCAAGCCUGUCAUCCGAGAGAGAAAAUCCCUUCCAUCUGAUGGUCCUCCAGAGAAAAGGAUAACAGCCACUAUGGAUGACGUGCUUUCAGCCCGACCAGGCUUCUUGGCAGAAGAGGAGGAGGUCAGAAAUGUGGAGGUGACAAAGGAAAGCAGCAAAUUUCCAUUUGGCAUUAGUCCAGCUCAGAGCCACAGAAAUAUUAAAAUCUUGGAGGAUGAACCUCACAGUAAAGAUGAAACACCCCUCUGCACACUUCUGGACUGGCAGGACUCACUGUCUAAACGCUGCAUCUGUGUGUCUAACAUCAUCAGGAGUUUAUCGUUUGUGCCAGGCAAUGACUUUGAGAUGUCAAAACACCCUGGUCUGCUGUUGAUCCUGGGGAAACUGAUUCUCUUGCACCAUAAGCACCCAGAACGCAAACAGGCACCACUGACGUACGAGAAGGAAGAGGAGCAGGACCAAGGAGUGAGCUGCAACAAAGUGGAGUGGUGGUGGGACUGCCUGGAGAUGCUGCGUGAAAACACUUUGGUCACGCUGGCCAACAUCUCUGGCCAGUUGGACCUUUCUCCGUAUCCAGAGAGCAUCUGUUUGCCUAUACUGGACGGACUCCUCCAUUGGGCAGUGUGUCCUUCAGCAGAAGCCCAAGAUCCUUUUCCAACCCUUGGGCCUAAUGCUGUCCUAUCCCCUCAGAGACUGGUUUUGGAAACCCUCAGCAAACUCAGCAUCCAGGACAACAAUGUGGAUUUGAUCCUUGCAACACCACCUUUUAGUCGCUUGGAGAAACUCUACAGCACCAUGGUGCGUUUUCUUAGUGACCGAAAGAAUCCCGUAUGUCGGGAGAUGGCUGUGGUACUACUGGCCAACUUGGCACAGGGCGACAGCUUGGCAGCUAGAGCUAUUGCCGUGCAGAAGGGCAGCAUUGGCAAUUUGUUAGGCUUUUUGGAGGAUAGCCUGGCAGCUACUCAAUUCCAGCAGAGCCAAGCCAGCUUGAUGCACAUGCAGAACCCUCCCUUUGAGCCGACCAGUGUGGACAUGAUGCGUCGGGCAGCUCGGGCACUGCUUGCCCUGGCCAAAGUGGACGAGAACCACUCUGAGUUCACGUUAUAUGAAUCGCGGCUGUUGGACAUCUCCGUGUCACCUCUGAUGAACUCAUUGGUUUCACAAGUUAUUUGUGAUGUACUGUUUUUAAUUGGCCAAUCAUGACAGCCGUGGGAUGCCUAUACCCCCUGUGUGUGUGUGUGUGAAUGGAGGACUUAGAAACUGAUUGUUGCCCUUUAUUUAUGCAAAACCACCUCAGAAUCCACUGUCUGCCCUGCGCUGUCCUGCUUCUACCUUGGGGAAAAGAUAUUCCCUCUCCCCUCACCUCUGCCCUUCAGAUCUAUCCUAACCCCCUGUUCAAGGAGACAAAGUUCUGCCUACAUUAAAAAAAAAGACUUUUUUUAUUUUAACCAAAGUUGCUGUUGUUUACAGUGAGUUUGGGGAAAAAAACUUUGUCCUGUUAAUGCAUCGACAGGCACUACUUUCAUAACUGUUUUUAAUGGUAAACUCUGAAGGACAAAAAGUGACUGCUGAACUCUGUGUGUGGUUUAUCGUUGUACAUUCACAAUCUUGCAGGAACCAAGAAGCUACCAGUUGUUAACAGACCUUGUCCAAGGGAGGCCUGUGCAGUAGAGUGUAGAACUUCAUGUACUGUACACCUUAAACUGUAAACAUACUGUAAUAAUGUCUCACAUUGAAGAAGAAGAAAAAGCUGGAUCAGCAGCAAACUGUAGUUUUUAAAAAUGUUUUUAGUUAAUGUUGAGGAGAAAAAAAGGCUUUUCCCCCAAAGUAUCAUGUGUGAACCUACAACACCCUGACCUCUUUCUCUCUUCCUCCUUGAUUGUAUGAAUAACCCUGAGAUCACCUCUUAGAACUGGUUUUAACCUUUAGCUGCAGCCUGACAGCUGCCAGGUGUGUAUAUAUAUAUAUGAUGUUGUACAUUGCACAUGCCCUCAGAUUCCUUGCAGUUUUGUUCCCUUUUCCCUGCCACCCCUUUAUAGUAUGACGAGUUAAACAAGUUGAUGACCUGCAAAAGCGAGACACCAAUUAUUUAAUCUCUUGCCAGAAAUCUUUUUCUUUCUUUCUCUUUCUUUCUUUCUCUCUCUCUCUCUCUCUCUCCCCCCCCCCUUCUUUUUCCUCUGGAGGAUGCUGUACAGGUCUGUGUAUAAAGUCAUUGCUGUCUCAGCAGCCAAUCAACUUAUAGUUUUAUUUUCCUGGGGUUUUUUUGUUUUUGUUUUUUGUUUCUUUUCCUUUCUAAUCGAGGUGUGAAAAAGUUCUAGGUUCAGUUGAAGUUCCUGAUGAAGAAACACAAUUGAAAUUUUUCAGUGAUGAAUUCUGCAUAUUUGUAUUUCAGACGAUGUAGCUAAAAAACUUGAUGUAAAUUCCUCCCUUUUUCCUUUUUUGGCUUAAUGAAUAUCAUUUAUUCAGUAUGAAAUCUUUAUACUAUAUGUUCCACGUGUUAAGAAUAAAUGUACAUUAAAUCUUGGUAA